CAAACCGUGGCUGUGCUGUUUUAAAACUGUAGUUCGAUUCGUAUUUUUUUUUGUUUCUGGUAAAAUGAUCGUAAAAUUACGAAUAUCCCGACAUGUGAAGAAGCGUAUUUCCGAUCCAUCGUUUGCGGGCACGGGAGAGCUGUACGGUACCAUAUGCGACGGAGUUCCGACGGUAAUUGGAUUUGCGCGGAUACUAAAAGAGACGAAUGAAUCUGCCGGCAGUAAUAAUGUGCAGGUUGAUUCGCCUACUCCGAUUCAGCGUAGUCUACCGAGUGGUCUUGAUCUAAUCGGUUGGGUUAAAACUGGCCCAUACGUAGAUCCAACCGAUUUUCUGUUGAAAUCUGGCCCGGAUGCGUUUGUGACGGAUAAUCCGGUUUACUUACACUACACUGGAGAAACUGGAGCGGAACUGCAGACGUUCAUCUUCGAGCAGAGGAAACUGCAGUCGGUAGAAUGUGUCACGUUCGAGGAUGAGUUUCUUUACCGCGAGUACUAUCUGCUUCGCCUGCAGUGUACGCUAACGUUGGUUUGCGAGCAGACGGAAAAAUCGGUCUGUGAAAAUGCAUUCCGUUUGCGCAAGCAGCUCAGUUCGGGUAGUGUCGCGUUUACCGUACCGACUGCCCCGGGUGUAAUGUUGAGCGACUACGCUGUGACGGGGAUCGAUAAGGAGGAAAAUGUAGAAAUGUUGUACGCGAUGGCAACGGCCCCGAAACCAGAACACGAUGAUGGUUUCGGUGUGGCUGGUGGUGGUCGUGUAAAGGCGAAGAAACCGCAGAUUAGCUCCAAGCCACCGACUGGAUACCGUGUGAUUGAUUUCGGACUGUUGAUUAAAAAAUCGAAGGACGAACUGGAUGAAAAGCUUCGCCGGGAGGCGUGCAACGUGACGAUCGAUCGGCGUAAUGACGGCCAAACAGUGAAGGUACCGUUCCAGGUGGACUGUCUAAGUAUGGUGCACCGGACGAAGAAGCUGGACAAAUGUUUCGACAAUAUGGUGGAGAGUGUGGACUGCUCGUUGGGUUUGAUUGAGGCGGGAUUGCUGGAACAGCUACGACACCAGCAGCGAUUGUACGUGUCGAAGUGCUACCACAUGCUGCCCAAGGACCUGGGACAUUUUGUGACCUGCGUGUACCCGUUCGGUGACGAGGUGAACGAAUCCGAUUCGUUUUUGGAACGACAACGUGCAAACAUGCACAAACAAUUUUUGCUAAAACUGAACCUACCCUAUUUCCGCAAAGGAAACGCGUACCAAUUUCAAUCAGGCAAAAUUUUGACCAAUCCCCAUGAAACGCUUAGCGCGCCACAUCCCGACGGGCGAACAGCGCUAGUGGCUGGCGUUUACACCUAUCACCAUUACCUGCAGGAUGAUUUCGAUGAUAAGGGUUGGGGAUGUGCGUACCGAUCACUGCAAACGCUCGUCUCGUGGUUUAAUUUGCAAGGUUACAGCUCGGGAACGAUUCCCACGCACAACGACAUACAAUCGUGCCUGGUGCGCGUCGGUGACAAGCAGCGAAACUUUAUCGGUUCACGCCAAUGGAUCGGUUCAACCGAAGUGUCAAUCUGUCUGAACGAUAUGCUCGGUAUCGACUCGCGCAUCAUGUUCGUCACGCACGGCAGUGAGAUGGCGUCGCGCGGUAUGGAGCUGCUGCAACACUUCCAGCAGGAGGGUACUCCGAUUAUGAUCGGUGGCGGCGUACUGGCCCAUACUAUACUGGGUGUGUCGAUGAAUGCUGAGCUGGGCGAGACGAAAUUUUUGAUUUUAGAUCCACAUUACACCGGGACGGAUGAGCUGGGACCGGUACUCGGGAAAGGGUGGUGCGGAUGGAAGGGAGAAGACUUUUGGGACAAAAGCUCACACUACAACCUAUGCAUGCCAAUUCGGCCGAAACGAUUGUAAGGUCCGAUAUUUUGACCCAUGGAAUUAAAGAUUACGAAAUUCAUGUCUAAAUAUAGGUGCAUUGUUACUGCUUUAUAAAAACCUUGUAAAUGGUUUAUGCAUUUUGCACGGUAUUCUCACUAAAGGAUGGGUGUUUGCGACUUAUACAGGAAAGUUUUCUGGCAAAUUUACAUCGAUGGCCGAUUGACUGCUAAAUAUAUUAAAAUAAAAUAUUUCAUUUAUCAAACAAUGUUCACAACAUAAACAAACCGUGUUUUUAACGAUAUUAUAAAGUUGCGGUACUCAUAUCCCUCUCAAAUCGCCUGAACAUUUGUCCAAAAAUGACGAAACCAAAUUAGAACUGAAGAUUGGUAUUGGUUGGUAUGGCGGACUACUCAGCUAGGGGUAAUUUAAGUAGAGGCACAAAAGUAAUGAGAUUUUAACCAAAUACGAAGAAGACGGAGCAAUUGGCGCUCUUGAUAAGCUGCUAGUAAAACAUUAUGUAUAGUAAAAGCUUUCUUUAUAAUCUCUUUCGACUCAAAAAAGCUCGAUCGAAUGCAUUCUUACAUACCACUGCUUCCUUUUAUUUACACGAAGAAAAGAACAUUGCUAGCAAGGGUGACAAGCGAUUUAUUAAG